AUGUGCCAAGCUAUGAAACAUACGAAGGAAGGGGAAUCACAAGUGUGCAAAUACAAGUAUCAUUCUAGCGACGAUAAAUUCGAAUCCUCUAGAGUGUUGAGCACUGAGGCGUUCUACUUGAAAUCCUCUGAGAAAAAUGAACAAUUUCUCGGUAUAGUGUUUGGAUGUGAUGACUCACAUGAAAAUGAUCUCAAGGAUGGUAUUCAAGCUGUUGUUGGUCUCGGACAAGGGUCGAAAUUAUCACUGCUUCAUCAAUUGGGAGGAAAAGUUGGUGGAAAAUUCUCCUACUGCUUGGAACAACAGCCAGUAACUCAUGCUAGUAAGAUUAGAUUCGGAUCAGUUAUUAGACUCUACAAUAGAGAAUUAGAAUAUAAAGCUAAAAUUACUUAUGAUCAUCCCUAUCCCUUCUACUACGUCACUCUUGAAGCCAUUAGCAUUAAUCGCAAGAGAAUAGAGAUACAACAACUCGUGAGAGUCGACAUUCAGACAGCGAUAACAACGUUCCCUCCGAAAAUAUACGAACAACUCCUUGAUACGUUAACAAAAGCAGCUGGAGGUGAAACCCCAUUCAAACAUCAGGAAUACGACACUUGCUUCCACAAAAGUAGAUUUUCUCGCAGAGUCCCCGAACUUAAAUUACAUUUCAAAGCAACCUUUGGAUCUAAAGCAAUCUUUCCUUUGGAUCCUCAUCACUUUCUUGUGUUUUUUGAUAAAAUCAUAUGCUUGACAAUAGUCCCAAAAGAGGGUGCGUUUUAUGUUUUGCGGAAUAGGGCACAAGUAAACGUUCAGAUGAUAUUUGACCUAUCAAGCCGUGUACUCACAUAUGCUCCACUUAACUGCAUCCAAUUUUCGGUUUAA